AUGGUUGGUGGACGUGGUCGUGGUUGUCGAGGACAGGUUUCGAUUGAGGAAGUCCAACACCGUGAUCGUAAUAUUCAGGAUAUGACGAUUGAAGAUUUGCAGAGACAAGUUGCAGAGUUAACCCAAUGUUUGGCGGAGCAGGAGUUCGGUAAUCAUGAUGUAGAAGGUCACGAUUCCGAUACCAGUUUCGAAAACCCGUAUCACCAUCGUGCUCGAGUUUGGGAGCAUCGUAGACGGGAGGAUCGUCAUGUAGAUCUCGAUUUCAGAGUGGAUCUGCCCGAGUGUUCUGUGGAGCGAAUUUUUGAAUAUAAGGAAGUUCCAGAUCGUGUCAAAGUGAAACUGGUCGCCAUCAAACUCAAAGGUAGGGCAUCUGCAUGGUGGGAACAGUUGAAGCGUUCACGGGAGCGACAGGGGAAAUCUAAAAUUACUAACUGGGAGAAGAUGAAGAAGAAGAUAAAAGGGCACUUCCUCCCUUUCGGCUAUACUCAAACCUUGUUUCAGAGGCUUCAUUCACUAAGGCAAGGCGCAAGAUCAGUCAAUGAUUAUACUGAAGAAUUAUAUCAGUUGGUGGCUCGAAAUGAUUUAUCUGAGACGGAGGAGCAGAUGGUAGAACGAUAUUUGGGGGGAUUAAGGCAGCCCCUACAGGAUGUUCUCAGCCUUCAUUCAUUGUGGACAAUUUCUGAGGCAUAUCAGCGAGCACUUGCAGUAGAGAAACAGCAAAGUAGGAGACCAGUGGUCAGAGGUAAAGGAAGUAAGCCAGGGCAUAGUGCGACUUAUUGCAGGAAGCCUGCUGGUCAGAAGAAUAAAAAUCUUCUGAUUAAGGAGGAUAUGAUAGAGGAGUUUGAGGAAGUUGGGGAACCCGUGUAUGAUGAGGGUGAAGAUGAGGACGUGCUAUAUGGAGAUGGUCAGGAGACCCUGGUCGUUCGAAAGAGCCUGCUGACUCCCAAGGGCGACUCAGGGGAUGAUUGGUUGAGGACCAACGUUUUCCACACAACCUGCACAGUUGCUGAUAAAGUCUGUAAGCUGAUAAUUGAUAGUGGCAGUUGUGAGAAUAUAGUGUCUGAGGAGGCUAUCGAGAAACUGCAACUGAAGAUGGAUCGUCAUCCCAAACCAUACAAGUUGUCUUGGCUGAAUAAAGGCAGUGAGUAUGAUCACAGUGUUAUCCAUGAUGGGAAGAAUACUUAUUCUCUUAGCAUCAAAGGGAAGAGAAUUGUUUUGGCGCCUCGCAGAGAAGGGAACAUCCCUGCCCCGGUAGUUAAAAACCCUAAUCUACUUUCGAUGUCCAGGUUCUUGGUUGAGGUUGGGCGUGAAAAAAUAGUAUAUACUUUAAUGCCUCAUGAAAAUAGUAUAGCGAAUGUGGAUUCAGAAUUUCCAGCAGAAGUACAGCAACUACUGAUGGAGUUUUCUGACUUGAUGCCGGAGGAUCUUCCUCCAGGACUACCACCUAUGAGGGACAUUCAACAUCAGACCGACCUCAUUUCGGGGUCGAGUCUACCAAACCGACCAGCAUAUCGCCUCAGUCCCAAGGAAGCUGAAGAGUUGCAGCGACAGGUGGUAGAAUUAUUGGAAAGGGGCUACAUUCGUGAGAGUAUGAGUCCUUGUGCAGUUCCUGCUCUCCUAGUGCCGAAGAAAGAUGGGUCAUGGCGUAUGUGUGUUGACAGCAGCGCAAUUAACAGGAUUACAAUGAAGUACAUGUUUCCAAUUCCCCGUUUGGACGACAUGUUGGAUCAAUUGUCCGGUUCUAAGGUCUUCUCUAAAAUUGACCUUAAAAGUGGAUACCACCAGAUCAGAAUCAGACCUGGAGAUAAGUGGAAGACCGCGUUCAAGACAUAG